AUGAGUAACCAAGGAGUAGACAAUUUGAUUUCUGAUGCGGAAAAUCAAUUUAAUCAAGGGAAUCAUCAAGAAGCAGUAGCUUCAUUGACUAAUGCUGCUGGUAUGAAUCCAAACAGUGAUCAAAUGUCUCAAAUCGAGAAUAUUAUUAGAAAAAUAGCCAAAUACGUAAUGGGUAAUACCGAUAAUCAACAUGACAGAGGUGUUGGUGAUUCAUUUUUAUCUACUCUAAUGGGCAAUAGCAAUGGUAAUUCGCAAGCACAAUUAGGUAAGUUGGCUCUGUUGACAAGUGUCAUGUCUUCUGGUGGCGGUCCUAGAAAUAAUGGAUCUAAUGGCUUUAAUUUAGGUAGCAUUGCUUCCAUGAUGAUGUCUGGCAAUAACAAUGGCAACAAUAAUUCCAUGAACACUUCUGCUUUGUCAGGUUUAGCUUCGCAAUUCUUUGGUUCAAGCAAUAAUAAUCAAAGUCAAGGCCAAGGUCAUUCCUAUAGUAAAUUAGCUUCAAUGGCAAGUUCGUACUUUUCUGGAAGUUCUAAUAAUUCCAAUAAUAGUAAUAUGGGAGGCAAUGGUGGUUACAAUGGUAAUAAUAGCCAUAGUAACAACAAUAAUGCUAAUGCUAACGGUUACGGUAAUAACGAUAACAAGUUUGGUAACAACAGUAACAGAUAUGGUAACGAAGAUAAUAAAUAUUCUAGCUCAAAUAAUAACGACAGCUAUGGUAACAACAGUAAUAGUUAUGAUGAUAACAGCAACAGCUAUGGUAAUAACAGUAACCGCUAUGGUAACGACCAUAACAAGUAUUCCGGCUCAAAUAAUAAUAACAGCUAUGGUGACGACGAUAAUAAGUACUCUAACAAUAACAAUAACAACAGCUAUGGUAGCAACAGUAACAGUUAUGGUAACAACGGUAGCAGCUAUGGUAAUAACAAUAACAGCUAUGGUAACGACGAUAAUAAGUACUCUAACUCCAACAAUGGCAACAGUUAUGGUAGCAACAGUAAUAGUUAUGGUAACAACAGUAACAGCUAUGGUAACGACGAUAAUAAGUACUCUAACUCCAACAAUGGCAACAGUUAUGGCAAUAACAGUACUAAUUAUGGCAACAACAGUAACAGCUAUGGUAAUAACGAAAACAAGUACUCAAGUAACGAUAACUAUGAUAGCAACACUAACAAGUACGGUAACAAUAAUAGUAACAACAGCCAAAAUGGAAAUGAAGAUGGUUUCAGUAAGUUAGCCUCGAUGGCAACAUCUUACCUAACCCAAAGCACUUCUCAUUCCUCCAAUAAUUCCCAAAAUAAUUACAAUGGUGGUAAUUCCAGCCAAUCGAACACAUUCGGUAAAUUGGCUUCAAUGGCAAGUUCUUAUUUAAGCGGUGGGUCUCAAAAUAACAACCAAGGUCAAAAUAGCAACUACAAUAACAGUAACAAUCAAGGCAAUAACCAAAAUAACCAAAACUCCAACAACGGAUUUAGUUUCAAUGGUAACUUUGCCUAA